CACCAUCUCUCUCAGCGACUUGGGCGACUCCGAUUGCAAACUAUCAGUCUACUCAAUCUGUGUUUAUCACUAGUCCCGAUAAAAAGCCUAGUGGGGCACGAAACCGCCGGAAGAGCGUAGAUUAUCAAAGAAAACCGAACAAGUCGAGCGGCCAGUGACACUCUGUACUUAUAGCAUCACCCUGGUCCGGUACGCUCAGAAACCAGAGUUAUCAGAGAAUGUUUUGUUGACCUCGCUGUUUUAGGCUGGCUUUAGAGGCAUCCUCUCAGAGUCGGAGGUUUUAUGUGGAAGAAAUUAUUGAUUCCGGUCUGUUUGUAGUAUUAUGACUAUGGCCACUUCACAAGCUGCUCUGCAAGUUCUGUCGGGGUCUUCUCCUGGUCAUUCUCUGUUUGAUCAUUGUUUCAAGAUUUUGAGCUCAGGACUUCCUGUUGAAUCUGUAAAUUAUAGAAAGAAAAGAGGUUCAGGGUUUGCGCCGCUGCAUUAUAGGUUGGGAAUGAUUGGAAGAUAUCCAUUUCAUAGCAUAAAUGGCUUUUCCCGUGGAAAGGCAAUAGUUAAGAGGUUGGUGCCCAUGAGAUGCAAUUGCCAGUGGACUGAAAAUAUCCGCGACGAGACAGCAACCGAAGGAAGAUCAGUGUCAUUGCCUAUAAAUGGCCUGGAUAAUGACAAGGGAGAUUUUGCAUUGAAUGGUAAUCUAGAUGCUGCCAAUUCGAUUUUAGGUACAGUGGAGAACAGUUGUUCAAAAUCUGUUGAGGAAGAGGCAUGGAAUCUUUUGCGGGAGUCGAUUGUUUAUUAUUGCAGUAAUCCUAUUGGGACAAUUGCAGCUAAUGAUCCUACCAAUUCUAGCACUCUGAACUAUGACCAUGUCUUUAUUCGUGACUUCAUACCAUCGGGGAUAGCAUUCCUUUUGAAAGGAGAGUACGAUAUUGUUCGAAACUUCAUUCUUUACACUCUUCAGCUACAGAGCUGGGAGAAAACCAUGGAUUGUCACAGUCCUGGUCAAGGUCUAAUGCCUGCCAGUUUCAAGGUGCGCACUGUUCCACUUGAAGGUGAUGAUUCUGCAACUGAAGAUGUGUUAGAUCCUGACUUUGGUGAAGCAGCAAUUGGCCGUGUUGCUCCAGUUGAUUCUGGAUUAUGGUGGAUUAUACUGUUACGAGCAUAUGGAAAAUGCUCAGGAGAUCUUUCAGUGCAAGAGAGAGUGGAUGUACAAACUGGGAUUAAAAUGAUUUUGCGGUUGUGCCUGACUGAUGGCUUUGACAUGUUUCCAACUUUAUUGGUGACUGAUGGUUCUUGCAUGAUAGACCGUCGAAUGGGAAUUCAUGGGCAUCCGCUUGAGAUUCAGGCACUUUUUUAUUCAGCGUUGCUUUGUGCUCGUGAAAUGUUUGCUCCUGAAGAGGGAUCAGCUGACCUUCUUAGAGCUCUUAACAAUCGCCUAGUGGCACUGUCAUUCCACAUCAGGGAAUAUUACUGGAUCGAUUUGAAAAAACUUAAUGUAAUAUACCGUUACUCCACAGAAGAGUACUCCUAUGAUGCAGUUAAUAAGUUCAAUAUUUAUCCAGAUCAGAUUCCUCCCUGGUUGGUGGAAUUUAUGCCCAAUAGAGGAGGCUAUUUGAUUGGAAACCUGCAGCCAGCCCACAUGGACUUUCGUUUCUUUUCACUUGGAAACUUGUGGUCUAUUGUUAGCAGUCUUGCAACACAAGAUCAAUCGCAUGCCAUUUUAGAUCUUAUUGAAGCAAAAUGGGGAGUAUUAGUGGCAGAAAUGCCAUUCAAAAUAUGUUACCCUGCUCUUGAAGGCCAGGAGUGGCGGAUCAUCACAGGAAGUGACCCCAAGAACACUCCUUGGUCUUACCACAACGGAGGCUCGUGGCCAACUUUGCUUUGGCAGCUCACUGUGGCGUGCAUAAAAAUGAAUAGACCAGAACUGGCUGAAAAGGCUGUUGAGCUGACUGAGAGACGCAUUUCUCGUGAUAAGUGGCCUGAAUAUUAUGACACCAAGCGGGGAAGAUUCAUUGGAAAACAGGCUCGGCUAUUCCAGACUUGGUCAAUUGCAGGAUAUCUGGUGGCAAAGCUCCUUCUUGCCAACCCAGGUGCAGCAAAGAUACUUGUCAAUGAAGAGGAUUCAGAACUUGUAAACGCCUUCUCCAUGAUCAGUGCCAAUCCAAGGAGGAAACGUGGCCUUAAAAAACAGUCCUUCAUAAUAUAAAUUUCAAUUACAGGGCAGAAUGGAGGAUCCUGAUGUAGCAAAGAUCAAUGAAAGAGGAGUGAGGGCUUUGUAAAUGUUUUCUUAUAUGAUCAUAUGAGUGUCUGCUUGUCCCCGACCCCGACCCCGACCCCGACCCCAUCCACUGCAAGAGCUUUGUACACAGGUGACGUUUACCCUUUUUAUCAGAUCAGAGCCAAGCCAAGGAAGGAGUGUGGUCAUAAGAAACGGUUCUUGGUAUCAAUUUCAUUUACAGAGCAGAGAGGAUCCAGUUGAGUUAAGAUCCAUGGAUAAGACCUUUGUAAAUUGAGUUAAUAGCAUCUAUGUAAUUUGGUUUUAGUUCUACAUUCCCGAACAGUUUCAGUUGUUAGUCAAACAUAUGUUUUACUGGAGAACCUAUCAACAAUAUGUUUUACUGGAGAACCUAUCAACACAGAUCUC